AGUGUGCAAGUGAUAGUGCCAGCCGAGGUGAGCAAGGAAAGGAUUUCCACCUGGCUUCGGAGAUCGAAGGGAAAGCUCUCAUGGGAUCAGAGCAGGUAGAAAUGCGCAAAAGGCAGACCUCUGCAUCUCAGGAGAUACCAAGCUCUCUAUUUGCCCAGUCUGGGGUAGAGACUCAAGGCUCCAAUCCCUGCUGUUUCUGCUGGUGCUGCUGUUGCAGUUGCUCCUGUCUUACUGUUAGGAAUCAAGAUGCACCAGCACAUGAAAUUGCAUCAGAAAUGACUCCAUACUGUGAACAAGGCUCAACACCAUCUGUGGAAGAAGCAAGUGCUUGGAGGCAUUCUUUUGACAAACUGAUGGCAACACCUUCAGGUCGAAAUGCUUUCAGAGAAUUCCUUCGGUCAGAAUACAGUGAAGAAAACAUGCUUUUCUGGCUGGCCUGUGAGGACUUAAAACAGGAAUCUAGCAAGAAUGUAAUUGAUGAAAAAGUCAGGCGAAUAUAUGAAGAUUAUGUUUCUAUUCUUUCUCCAAGAGAGGUCAGUCUGGACUCCAGAGCAAGAGGAAUUAUUAACCGUAACAUGAUGGAACCAUCGAUACAUACUUUUGAUGAAGCACAACUCCAAGUUUAUAUGUUGAUGCUCAGAGAUUCCUACCCUCGGUUUGUAAACUCUGCUAUUUACAAAGAAUUAGUUAUGUCACAUUUUCAAUCAAAUGCUGAAUCGUAGAAUUAAAAUUUAUUUUGCAUCUAACUACCUACUUACACAAAUAAAACUUUGGUCUACCAUCCAUUAAUAUGGGAUUUAGAAUCAACAAGCUGAUUACAUAACAGUAAUUCAGUAAGAAGUGAAUCUUAAUACAAUGGUAACAGUGUUCCAAAGUUUACAAAUUCUAAAAUUUCACAUUAUUUCCUGAGUAGUUCUGCCUAAAUUAUAUGUGCUGAUGGAAGAUAUAUAGAAAAAAAUGUUAACAGCAGGAACAUGCACUGUAGUAAAAUUCUGAAAUGCAUACUCAGCUUUUAAAUAACAAUUCUAUGAUCUAUCUGGAGUGCUUCACUAUUCAGGUGUCCUAUCAGUGAGAGACUGGAAGUGUGGAGUCAGCACUCUUUCCAGUAUUUUUCUUAUUUUACAAAUGAAUUAUUAUGCUUGAUCCGAUUUUUCCCCUGCAUCAGGGUUAUGGCAAAAGAUAAGGGAACUACUUGAUCAAAUAGAUGUCAGUUCUUUCCAUUCUGCUCAUUGUAUAAUCCAUAGUUUGCCUCUGAUAAGAUCGUUUGAAUAUUAAAGCAAUUCAUAUCAGAGCUGUUGCAAAGCUGUAAGGAAAAAUCUGAUAUUGAACUUUAUCCUUCAGAGCCUUACCACUGAUCUUGGGCAACAUAAUCCAAGAAAUCUUGUAGCUGUUGAGGUUCUGUUUAUAGGGACCUCUGAUUUUAGUCAAACCUACUUAAAACUUACAUAUAAUAAAACAUUUUAAUUUGUAUAACAAUGUUUGUUUACUGAAAGUGUACCAAAAUUGCAAUGUUUGACCAAGCCUGAGGAUUUCUAUGAAUUCUGAAACUUUUUCUCAGUAAGUACUUUAAGUGAUUACUUUGCACUGUACAAAGAAAAUACUUGUUUUGAUAUUGAAAUGUUCACAUGAUAAUCCAAAAGGUGCUUUUUUCAAAAGGCAACUGGACUGUUUUUUCCUUGAAGACAGUUCACUUUUCACCCAAGAAGCUUCAGAACUGAAGAAGCUUCUUGGAUGAGAAGCGAAACAUCUUCAGUGAAAAAUGAAGUUCAGUUGCCUUUUGAAAACCAUGAGCUGCAUGACUGAGAAUCUCCAUACACAUGAUAAUUUCUUCAUGCUUAUAAGAACUGGCAUUGAGUUCUUGACAUAAUUCUAAAACUGAUUUCCCACAUUUAUCUCUCUACCAACAAAAAGUUCAGUUUAGGCAUUAUUUUUAGAAUUCAGAAUAAUUCACUCCUCUUUAAGGAAAAACUAAUUUUACUUACAAACUUAAUGACAGGAGUAGCAUUUCUUCAUGAGUAGCAUGAGAGCGUUUCAAAGUUAAGAACAAAACAAAGAAAAUUGCACAAACAAAAAAGGCACUGAAAAGAGAUGUCACCCAUAAAAUAUUAUCCUAUUACUGAAUCUAUAGAAUGAUUUUGUUAAUAUUUCUAGAAAAAAAAAACCAAAAAUAUGAAAACUUGUUAAUCACUGCUCUAAAUUAAACAUCCAAUAUGUAUCUCAGCUACUUUCAUUAUGUAAAUGGCAAUCAUAGUUUUAAAUAUUCAUAAACUGGGAAGCCAGUUUAAUCUAAGAAUAUCAAUUUGUUAAUUAUAGAACUUGUUAAAAUCUUGCUUUCAAAAUGAUUUUGGGGGAACUCUGAAUAAUUAUUCCACAGCUUAAACUGGGAAACAGCCUGGGCUUUUAAAGAAUGUAUACAUUAUGAAAACUAAUAGCUCUGAACAUCUUUAAUAAAGGAAAGCUUUACAUUUCUUUCUUUCAUAAUUACUUCCUGCUGUUCAUAGAAUUGAUAUUAAUCUUGCUUUAAAUCUUGCUUUAAAUUUUUACCCAAAUACCAGAAUAGAACCAUGUGAUUUGUGCAGAAAUGUAUAUUACUUUCACCAGAAUACAUCUUCAGCUUUAAGUAUUGACUCAUUAAAUUACCUCAUGAGCUGUUGACCAUGGAACCAGUAGAACUCCCUAUCCAGUACAGGCUUACAACCAUUCAUUUAGUGCCCGCCAAAAGUUACAGUGGUACUGAAAAAAGUGACAUGACAGUUUUUCAUUCAGUAAUUGCAGCAUCCCCAUGGUCAUGUUAUCAAAAUUCAGACACUUGGCAACUGACUCAUACUGAUGACGGUUGCCGAUUCCCGGGGUCAUGAGAUUAUGUUUGCAACCUUCUGACAAGCAAAGUCAAUGCAGAAGCCAGAUUCACUUAAUCACUUUAGCUUAACUGCAGUGAUUCACUUAAUAACUGUGGCAAGCAAGAUUGUAAAUUGGGGCAAAACUCACUUAACAACUAUCUCGCUAAGCAGCAGAAAUUUUGGGCUCAACUGUGAUUGUUAAUCAAGGAUUACCUGUACUUUAUGCAGCAGCCUGUUACCGAUUGACAUUUCAGUCAGGACUUUUCUCAUGAUAUCUAGCUGAACCUCAUGCCUUGUGCAUACUCCAUCCUUAAUCACCGUAUGCACUAUACAUGUAUCUUCGCAUCCGCAAAGUAGGAACUACUUCUUUUAGCUAUAAAAGAAAGUGAAACUAAAUUCUGUGGCAACAAAAGCAUUGUGUAAAUUUCACGGAGUAAAGAAAUAUUCACUAUUAUAUUUUGAUUAAAUUUACAAAAAAGGUUUUUAAAAAUGUUUUAAAAACUAUAACCUAUAAGUCAAAUAUAUGUAAUGAUGGAAAAAUAUGUGCAGAAGGUUCACAGAACUAUCCCCAUCCCAUUUACAUUAAUAUAAAAAUACAUACAAAUUUUCCUCACCUAACUGGUGAUUAUUUGGUAUGGAAUAUCCUCUAGCAAAUAGCAAUAAAUUAAAGAUUAAUGCCUUCCCUUUCAGAAAUAUUUAAUUAUGGAUUCUCUGUAGAUGUUUUUUAUGCUCACAUGGUAAAAAAAUCUGAUUGUAUUAAUAACAGAUUCAUUAAAAUAGAAUAGAGUUUACAUGUUACUUUUCUUCUUUAAUCAGUAUUCCCCUUUGGGGACUGGAAAACAAAAACAUUGUUAGGCUUCUCACCACUGGGACAAAAUACUCAUAUAUAUAUAUAUAUACUUUUCUGUUCAGUGCAGCAAGCUGAAGAUGUGUUUUAUUUUUCCAUGUUAACCCUUUUUUUAAAAAGAAAAGAAAACUUAUUAAAAGAAAACCACACAGUGCCAAGGGAGAAGAUACAGAACAAAGCUGAUAUUUCAACUGUGAGCAUAAGUUCCAUUACCUUAGUUUGUAAAUAAAAUCAACUGUAACUAUAUUGACUCAAGAAAAUAUGUUCCACAGUAUUGCACUGAGUUGCAUAGAAGAAAGUAUCUCUACAUACAUUGUAAUUUAGAGAGAGAACAUUUCAUAAUGUUCUCAUAACUUUAUGUUAUGCAUAAAGGCAUAAGAGAGGAAAUCCCUUUAUUUAAAUCCUCAGAAAAAUGUGUAAUUUGUUGAUACAUAAAAUAAAAUUAUAAUAUUGAGAUAUUAUAUAUACUCAGAGGUAUGACUCAGUACAGUGGAUCUUGUUCACAGAUAAUCACACACAAAACUGCAAUUAAUUGAAGGAAUAUAUUGACUGUACAACAUUGUAAGUAAAUAAAACAUACAAAAAAUAUAAAGACAGUAUUCUAUGCUGUCAUUGCACAAUCUUUUUUUCCCCAGGGAAGGUUAAAAUUGAGCCAGUAUCAUAUUUUUAGUGAGACUAUUAUUUCAUCAGAAAUCAUCAUCACAAUAUGGACUAGCAACACACAUGGAUAUGGAAUUAAAGUUGUAAUAUGAAUGUAAAAGCUAUCUGCAGCAGUUACCUUAAAGGAAGGGUGAAAAAAGUAAAUGAAAUGGAAGGGCUAGGUCAGAAGGACCUUAUAUUCAAAUCAGUUCUAAACUCUUCAAACUAAAUCAAAAGUACAACAAAAAGAACAACCUGUAAUUUAUAUAUAGCGAAGAUAGUAGUUCCAUUAUUAAAAACAGGAUCUGGAGCGGUAUUCACUAUUUGGCAGCCCUACUCAUUUUGUUCAAAAACUGAAUGUUGUAAUGAAAAGCAGAACAAUUGCAGUGCUGAGCAUUUAAGCAUAUUCCUAUCAUCUCCACUCAAGACUGUUUCAAAAUAAAAAUGAAUCUUUAAAGAACAUGAACCAGAUUUCAGCCACCAAUAUGAUCCAGUGUUAGGGAGGCAUUCCCAACAUCACAUUCCUAGUUGUAAGGAAUAACAUCUCUCACUGCUGAUGUGUAUAUUUAAUAUAUAUGGAGUAAUUAGGUAAAAGUAAAUUCAUUCAUUUAAUGUUAAAGUAUUGACACAUACAUGGUAUAGGGAUUUUCAGUUUGUCCUGAAAUGAACUCGGGCUAAGUGAAGCAUUUCUGAGUGUGUCAAGAAAUUUAAGUAUCCUUGACACAGCAUUUUGUAAGAUCCAGAUUUACCAUCACAAAAAGUGAUGGAAACUAUUGUCAUAGAAUCAAUAUACCACCGGGCUUGAGGGAUAAAAAUGAUUAUUAUUCCAAGCUGGUGUUUAUUAAGCGAUCCUUACUUUGCAAAAAACCAUCCUACUCGGAACUGCCUAUAUAGUCAGAUGGUUCUCUAAGAGUUCUUAUGGCCAUUGGUUAGGACUUGAACUGUUAUGUUUUUACCAUUCCCAGACUGUAAAUCGAACUGAAGGUUAACAACAACAAUAAUAAUAGAAAAAAGAAAGUCAAGCUAAUAUAUUAUGAUUACUGGUAAAUUGUCAGUAGGCAGCCAAAGUCUGGCUAAUUCUGCAGACAGUAUAACAAAAUUUAGCUACAUUCAAAGAAACUAUAUUGUACUGAUCUGAUAACAGCAUCUAUAUGUUUAAAAAAUUGGUGUUCCUGGGUAUUUUUUCAGGCGAGAUGUUCUGAAGUGGGUCUGUGAAUCCUUAUAGAAAGUAUAGUGUAGUAGGGUGUGAACUGUAGUUUCGAUAGUCCCUUGUCAUCAGUCUAAGCUUGUACGGAAUUAUUUUAUGCUAGCGCUCCAAAACUGGGAAGUGCACUGCAGCAUGCUAAAAUUAGUGCCCUUCAGAAUCUGGAAACAAUUAUAUGAUGUAUGUAUCUUGCUGUUUUGAAAAGAGAAGUUUGAUUGCUCAAAAAAACAGUUAGGAAGAGCAGACUGAUUUUGUUGGGCUUCCAAGUCUUUGGUAGGUUUUUUUAAAUCAGUGGCCCCCAACCUUUUGGGCACCAGGAACCGAUUCGGAGACACAGGUUUUUCUGCAGACUGGAGAGGGCGUGGUUUUGCAUGCUGCCUGCAUCCCACAGAUGG